UACGUCUUAAAAGCGCAUCGACUGUAGUUUCCUGCAGUGAAACCACGUGAAUAGUUCUCAGCAGAAUGGCUAAACUGAGAAUACGUGGAGAUGUUGCUGUUGUGAGCAGUGGCAGUUCAUUUUUAGUUAAGAGUUUUACAGAGAACAGUGACAAAAGCCUGACAUUUACAUAUGACUGCAGCAGGGCAGAGAAGAAACCUCAAGAAAAUACAGGAGCGAAUGAAUCGGAAGACAAAGGAAGUGAUAACAUUUUAGCUUUUGCCUUUUCUGCUUCUGGAACGUAUUUUGCACUAACAGAUGACAGCAAGAGAUUGAUUCUUUUCCAUGUCAAGCCUUCUUGGGAAUGUAUUAGUGUCAGGUUUGUAGUUCGAAGAUGCACAGCCCUUGUUUUUACUCAUUCAGAAGACCAGGUGAUUGUUGCAGACAAGUCAGGGGAUGUAUAUUCCUUUUCACUCUUGGAGCCAAACAAGGCUGGUGAACUUUUGCUGGGCCAUCUCUCUAUGUUACUGGAUGUGACAUUAAGUCCUGAUGAUAAGUACAUUGUAACAUCUGACAGAGAUGAGAAAAUUCGUAUUACCUUCUUUAAUGCCCCGCACAUUAUCCAGUCAUUCUGCCUUGGACACACAGAGUUUGUUAACAGAAUUAUUGUACUUUCAAAUUAUCCCACUCUACUUCUGUCCUCUUCUGGGGAUGGGACACUUAGGCUUUGGGAAUAUGAAUCAGGAAAAGAGGCAUCCUGUUUUAAUCUCGGUAGUUACAAUGAACCAGAGUCUGCAGGAAAUAAGAAACAUCUUGCACUGUCUGCAGUCGCAUACUGUGAAAAUGGGAAUUAUGUUGCAGCUCUUUGUGACUGCCUUCCACUGGUGCAUCUUUUACAGUUGGAUGCAGAGUGCCGAACAUUGGUGUGCAAGCAGAAAAUCUUUCUGGAACAUAGAGGGUGGGACAUUGCUUUUGACAAACUUUCUCGGCUUUGGAUACUUCAAGAGGACAAGGACACGCCAGUUAUGUUGUACAGGAUCAUGGAUGGGACAUGGCAGAAUGCUAACAAGGAAUCUAGAGUGAAUGAAAUGGUGGACCUUGUACGUGACAACUGGGAUAUGUUUCAAGAAUCUGUUGGUACAGAAAAUUGCUGUAGUAACCUCUACAAGGUGACCUUUGACAACAUGAGCACUUACUUGCAAAAGAAAGAAGAGAGAACUUCUCAGAAACAGAGCAAAAGAAAAGGACAUCAACCACAUGAUAGUAAAGGUGCAAAAAUGAACAAACUAGAAUAGAGUGACAUUUUCCGUCAUCAGCUUGACUUAAGGAGCAAGUGAUUUUAAAUUAAUUUCAUUCUUUGGGAUGCUUUAAGUAUUUUCUUUUUUAACCCAGAGUGCCCAGUGUUCGUUACUGGUCUUGAUAAAAGAAAGAUAAAAGAACAACCUGUGGCAUUCAACUUUAAAAACUCUUGGACUGAGUAGCAUUAAUUAAUUUCAUUCUUUGAAAUGUUUUAUGAACUGCUUUAGACACUGUGAGGCCUACCUUUCUCUUUAUUGAAGGGAAGAUGGUCUUUAUUGUAUAUAUGGAACUGAAUGAAGACAGAGCUAAAAGACAGUACAGUAAAAUCACCUGUGUAAAGUAAGUUAUGUAUUUGCUGGAUUUGUAAUGUCAUAAAGCAUUUGUAUUUGCUCUUCA